UAAAUCCAUUCCCAUUGAACCAGCAUCAUCCCAACCUCAAUUCAACUUACUAUCUAGUAGUGUUUCACCAAUUCACCCUAUCCCUAACAUCAAGCACCAAUCAAUCACUCAACAUGGAAGACCCAGCCUCCGAAAUCACCACCAUAAUCCACCACCUGACCCAAUCCACCCCGCAAGACCAAGAGCGCACGAUCCAGAGAUUCUUCACCCCGUCCGCCGCCUUCGUCCACCCCUUCUGCCGCGUCUGGAGCUACCCGGGCAGCCGCUGGUUCAUCGAGAAGAUCUACCAAUGGUACAAGAUCAUGUCCCCGCGGAUCGAACUCGAGGUGCAAUCGGUUGCAUUCGACAAACCCAGUCUGAAACUGUACCUCACCAUCUCCCAAAUCUUCUCCAUCUGGCUGGUGCCCUUCCACGUGGCGCCGGUGACCCUGACCACGGUCCUCGACCUGACCACCGACCCGGAGGACGGGCGCACCCCCGUCCAGGGGUCCGGGAAACGCUACUACAUCAAGAAGCAGGAGGACUUCUACCAGCCGUCGGAGUUCGUCAAGUUCGUCAUGCCCUGGGGCUUUGGGCAGUUGUUGGUGCUGGCGGCGCAGACGUGGGCGACGCUGUUUUGUAUUGUGGGGUGUGUGGUGUUUUGGCCGCUGAUGUGGUUGGAGGAGAAGGGUGUGGUGCCGGGACGGGGGGGGCAGAAGGGGGAGUGAGUUGGAGAGUCGGAGGGCGUGAUGGAGUGGGGUUAGUGGCUGAGGAUGUGAGAUAUAGGUUGGUGGAUGGUGAGUUGGGUGUUUGGGGUUACUGAGUGGGUGGUGUUUGGUUCGAAUAGAUGCGUUUGUGGUCUCU